AACGAUGAUGUUGUCGACAGGACGACUUCAUGGUGGUGGGCAUCCAAAACGGGUACCCGUAUCUGGUGAUGGACAUCGGAGACAGCUUCGAGUCGGGCCGCGAGCCCGCGCGCAUCGGCAGCGACAAGUUCGUGGCCGACGAGCGCUGGUACCAGGUCGUGGUGGACAGACUGGGCCGCAACGUGAAAUUCUCGAUCCGCGAGAGCCUAGACAACGGUUCAGAAAUCACCCACUCCAAGGAGGCCGUACUACCUGGACAGCAUACCAUCUUCAACCUGGACCGCCAGAAGUCCAAGCUGUACGUCGGAGGGGUGCCUUCGGAUGCCAAGCUGCAAGGCAUCAGCUUCCCAGCCUUUGAGGGCCAGAUCGAGGAGCUGGUGAUCGGAGACACGCCGGUUGGACUGUGGAACUCGAUCAGCUCGGCUAACCUGAAGGGCGCUAGGCAGAGGGACAAGCUCAUAACAUCCAGCUCAGGACCGCAAGAGUACCGCUUCAACGGCAAGUCGCACGUGACGAUGCCAGCGCGCGAGUACAUCGUCCCGCAGAAGAACCACGUGCUUCUCUACUUCAGGACCUACGCGCCGAACGGACUCAUCUACCUCGUGGGAGAAGGAGACUACUUCUUCUCGGUCGAGAUGCAGGAGGGCGCUGUGUACUUGCAGGUCAGUUGCUACCAGGGACAAGCUCAUAACGUACAGUUNCAACAACUGGGCACAGAGGAGCUGCCAGGCCUGACGCAGCUGGAGCGCGUGUGCGCUGAGAUCGUGCAGACGGAGAACGUCUACGUUGAGGACCUGAGGCAAGUGGUCGAGUUGCUCUAA